UUCAGGCAGCUAAUAUAAAAUGUGCAAGUAAAAUGUUUUUUAAUAUGUAUAUAUGAUAUUUUUUUUUAGCAAAUAGGAUCAAAGUUGAUAAAUAUUUGCGUUAAUAGCAUAACUAUGAAUCUAUACAGGUUGGUAAGAUGAAUUACACUACUUACAACUUGUGCAUUUAAUAAAAAGUCGAUAUUGAUUUCUCCCUUUUUUAAAAACAAGAAAGUAACAGUAAUGGAUGCUACAAACCAAAGUUGAAUGUUACUUCUAAUGUAACACUUAUAAUCUUUAUUACGUAUUAUUGCAUAUAAGUAUAGAAAAAAUGAAUGUAUGAACUGUAAAAAUAUUCUAGUCACCAUGAAUUUGAUUUUAUUUAUAAAUGAGAAGUGUUUUAUUAAAAUUUGUAUUCAAUUUACAUCUAAUUAAUAAACAUUUUUUAUUGAAAGAAGGAAACAAUCAAACUGAAAUGAUAAAGUGGAGGACAUGAAAGUAUUGAUCUAAUUUAAGAUAUUGUCAAUUUAAGUAAAGCAGAAUAAACCAAACAAGGAGGAUAAGAAAUCAUUAGAAUACAAAUGACAAUUUGUAAUAUUAUGCGAAGGACAGCAUGUACAAAUAUACAAAUAUCGUAUGCAUUAAAAAGUGUAUCGAACUUAAAUGCUAAACGAUGUAAUUUAUUUCUGAAUUGUUCAUACCCGCAACAAAAUUUGAAUUCCAUGUUAUUUGUAAGAUUCAAGAGUAAAGGAAACAUUUCAAGAAAAAGUAAGAGUGAAGAUGAAGAAUCUGAUGAAGAUGAAGAAUCUGAUGAAGAUGAAGAGUUUGAUAUUGAUGUUGAUGACUAUUUAAAUACAGAUAAAUCAAAGGUAAUUGUAAUUACAGUACCUUCUCUUCGAUUGGAUGCUAUUGCUAAAGCUGGGUUUGGAAUAUCUCGCAAUAAACUGGAUAAAGAUUUUUACAACAGUAACUUACGUGUAAAUGGAAAAAAAUGCUUUAAAAAAGGAAUGAUGGUACGUGUUGGAGAUGAAAUAGAUCUCAUUCAGAGACAAAGUCCUACAAAUCCAAACUUUUUGAUAAUAAAUCGAUGUACAUUACAAGCAGUUAAUGCAAAUCCCGAAACAGAUGGUAUUAAAGUAAAAUUAAUUCAAAAUAAAUCUUUAUUAGUUGAAAAUUAUAAAGAUAAGUGGGACAAUAAUGAAUAAUUGUAUGAAUAGUAAAAUUAUAUAUUAUAUGUAUAUAAUUCAUUUAUAUAUAAUUAAUAUGUACAUAAUUGAUAAGUAUGUAAUAGGUUUAUGUGUAAUAGAUUUUAUGUAUACAGAACAAGUAAAUUUUUAAUAAUA